CCUUUUUGUAUCAGAAGGCUGUGCGCACAGAAGAAGAAAGAAGGCAAAAACAAGUCCCCCAGUUCCAGAACUUGAUAUAAGAUGAGAAAGGUUCGGAAAUACGGACAAGAGAAAGAGGUGGAGGCUGAGACUAUGCUUGCCUCCACCAACAAUGAGUCGAAAUCGGUUAGAGCCGAGCACGGGAGGAAGCGAAAGAGGAAGAGAAAAAAAAGGGAAGGGUCACACAAAAAGAGUGAGUGAGUUUUGGCGCGAAGCCAAUAGAAGGAUGGCCGUUGCGCUCCCCUAUAAAAUCCCUCACUUCCACUUCACUCUCUCUCUCUUUCUCUCUCUCUCUCUCUCGCCAUACUCCUCCUUCAACCUUCAACGCGACUGAGACAAGCAGACGCAGACGCAGACGCAGACGCAGACGCAGACGCAAACCCUAAGUGUAUUACUGAAUGGCAUCAAGUAGAGGAGAGUAGGAGGGAACGGGGCGAAAUGUGGAUAUCUCGUUAUCAACCCCCCCCCCAAUCCCCUAAGUCCAUUUUCUCUGCCAAUGCCACACCACUAGCUGGGGUAGCAGUGAGGAAUGUGGGUCAGACACACUCACGGAAGCCUGCAAAGAGGGGUAAGCCUGGAUUCAAGUAGCACCGUCCUGUUUUGGGGUGUUAAUGUUUGUAAUUGGGGGAGGAGGUGGUGGCAUGGGCCCAAAGCUGUUUGAUGCUGGUGCUAAAUCCCAGAUAUAUCGUAAUGUCUUCAAUAAUCAUCAUGAGAAGCUUGUCCCGUCAACUGGAGGGGAUCCCUCGGAUGAAUACAAAAAAGAUAUUGCCUACAUUGUUAGGGAGUACUUCCGCACUGGUAGUAUUGUACAGGCAGCAUGGCAGGUCAGAGGAAUGCCGAAUCAGUAUCAUCCUUCCUUCGUUAAGGGACUCGUUUCCAUGGCAAUGUCCAGGGAUGAUGAGAAGAAGGAGAUUUCUUCAUCUUUGCUUUCAGCAUUGUAUGCUGAUGUCAUUAGCCCUGUGCAUAUUGAAGAUGGAUUCAACUUACUACUGCGCUCUGCUGAUGUACUGGAUGCAGUAGACAUUCUCCCUCUUUUCCUUGGUCGUGCAGUGGUUGAUUCUAUCCUUCCUUCAGCCUUCAUCACCAGUGCAAAGGAAGCUGAUGAGCUCGAAAUGAGUUCUCAAAAUUAACCCUGUUGACAGUUGUUAGUAUAUAGCAAGUAGGGAUCGUUCUAUCCCGGGAUUGAGGGUGCUCCUGUCAUUUAUAAGUCAAGAAAAGAAUAUUAAUUAUAGAAAUACAAUA